UUUCCUGAAUUUCAAUCAUUUUAGGACUAUGGAUUUCAUAGAUUCAGAAACACAAGAAGCAGAAGAUUUACCACAUCUGGAAGCUGAGUACAACAUGCCUCCUACACUUGCUCCAGAAUGCAACAGCUUCAAAUGGAAAAUAGAAGUUAUAGAUAUCAAUGGAAACAUAGAAGGCAAAAUGGUUACAUCUAAAGAUAUCUGGAAAUUGCAAAACAGCAGAGUCAUUGUGCAUUUCGACGAAGAUAGCGGCCAACCAAUUGGAGAAUCAGGAGGUUUGCUAGGAUCAUGGUUAGGUCAAUUAAGUAAUGAUGUGAAUUUGCUGCCAAUUAAUUACAGUGAUUGGAGGUUGGUUAACUCUCACAUAAAAAACAAGGCCUGGGAAAUAAUUCAGUCCAAAUUCUGGUUUGACGAUCCGAUGAUGAGAAAAGCAUAUGUGAUGGGUGCAUUAGGUAGCAGAUGCAAAGACGUUAAAUUACGCCUCUGGAAAGAGUACAAACGAGAUAAUCUGAUUGAAACGUUGCAGAACCGACCUGAGCAUGUUCCUGAGAAUCAGUGGGGUCACUUAGUUCACAUGAGAUUUACUGAAAAAUGGAAGAAAAUGCAAGAGAGGAAUACAGAAAAUCAAAAGAAACAUACAAUGCCUCAUGUAUGUGGAAGAAAGAGUUUUCCUAGGAGAAGAAAUGAGAUCAAAAUCAAGACUGGAAAAACACCAAGCCGAGCAGAGUUUUUCAUCGUAACUCGUACAAAGCCUAAUGGGAACUUUGUCUGUGAAGAAGCCCAAAACCGAGCGGAAGCACUUACAACGUUAUUGAGACAAAAUCCACAAGCCACAAACAAUGUUCCAGCUAGCUUGGAUGAUGAAUAUGCUCAAGUUUUUGGUCCAGAACGUCCAGGACGAGUUCGUUGUCUUGGUCGUGGGCCUACACCUUCGAAGCUGGUGAGACGCUCAACUGUAACUACACAAGACAUAGAAAAUUCUGGAAUGGUUGUAGAGUUGAAGUCACAGGUAAAAGAACUAUCUGAUCAAGUCAAGGGAAUGACUACAUUCAUCCAGCAAAUUAUUGGUACUUCAACCGGUGAACAGAUAAUAAUAUAAUUUGCAAGAGCAUGGGCUGCAAGUUUUGCUGUAGCUUUUGCUAAUAUUCCAAAUCCAACUUUUGCCAAUAUUCCAACUCCACGAAAUCCUAAUCAGGAAAUGGAAUGAUGGUGUUGAUGGAUUUCAAAACGUUGGGAUGCUGCAAGUGAUUGUAAUUACAACUUUUUAACAUUGCUUCUUAUUAAUUAACUCUAGUUUGUUUAUGUUUCACGUAUUUGCAUUA